AUCCGGGUGUUCGCACAUUCUUAACAUGUUCUGGUUGUAUUGGCAAUGGUGAUGCUCAAAGGAUUGUUCGUCUCUCUCUUUGCCUUGACAACCUUAUCUCCCGCACAGCUCAAGCACCCUCACGGAAAUUCUAUGCGCCGUGCAUGAGACAACGUAUUAAAAACCUCAUUGAUGAAUGUCAUCAUCAAACCGCACUCUGGCUUGUUUGUAGCUUUGAUGUCAUCAUAACUCCUCCUUUUAAUAAUAGCCGAAUGGCUAGGAGACGACAUCGUAAAAUUAAUAACAGAACGGUGCAAAAAAUGAUGACAUGGGCUCAUGGGAGAUUUCGCGCAAGGCUGAUUUCAAAGGCUGAAGAGUUUGGAAAGGAAGUUAAGAUAGUUGGAGAGGCAUAUACAAGCAAGACAUGUAGUCGUUGUGGGUGGAUAAAUCAGAAUUUGGGGGAAAAAAAAUAUUUGAAUGUAGUGAAUGUCAACUUCGGAUAG